CUCCAGUCCUUCCCAUAUCCCAUAACCGUAACGAUAGUCGAUUUGUUAUCCGUAACCGUAUACUCAACGGCCGCGCUCUCAGCGAUCAAUACUGAUGGCCAUAAACGACAGCCACGGCUUGAGUGGUCAUACUAUGCGAAGAUAAUCAUUCCUCUGGCGGUCGGCCGGUGCUUGUCCUCCGUCUCCUCACACGUCAUCCUAUGGGCUGUUCCCGUGUCUUACGCUCACACAGUGAAGGCAUCGAUGCCUUUCUUUGUGGUCAUUCUGUCGCGAGUGAUAUUAGGAGAGAAACAAACGACUAAAAUAUACCUAUCGUUGGCUCCAAUAUUGAUCGGUAUAAUGAUCGCCACGAUUACGAAACUCGAGUUCAAUAUGAUUGGCCUAUUGUCGGUCCUCUUCUCCAUUAUUGUCGCCUCUUUAAAGAAUAUUUACGCAAAAAAGGUUCACUCGUUUUGGCCAGACGAAUAA